CCAGUGACCACAGACUCGACACGAAAACUCAUCGGCUGAGGAGAAAGAGAGAGAGAGAGAGAUAGAUAGAGAGAGAGAGAGAGAGAGAGAGAUAGAUAAAGAGACAUAAACAUAUAUAUACAUACAUAUAUAUAUAUAUAUAUAUAUAGAUAUAUAUAUAUAUAUAUAUAAAACUUCUUGUCGGUGUUUAAACGAAAUUUAAAAAAAGAAAAAAAAGAAAAAGAAAAAUAAAGAAAGAAAAACAAUUCACGUCCUAUUACUAUAACUAUUACUAUCACUAGUAUUUAUCUUAACGUUGAUUCUAACAACGUCGUAAUAACAACUACGAUAAAUAGUAAUACAUAUAUAUAUAUAUAUAUAUAUAUAUAUAUAUAUAUAUAUAUAUAUAUAUAUAUAUAUAUAUGUGUGUGUGUGUAUAUAUGUAUAUGUAGAUAUAGAUAGAAUAAAAAAGAUAUAUAUUUUUAUAUAUAUAUAUGCACGGAUAAAUCGUUCUUGAAAUCGUUAAUCGUUGGUUGACAAGAGUAAAUAUUUAUUCUUUUUUUUUUUUUUUGAAAUCGAACAUCACGACAAAAAUGGCCGGUCAACGAGUUGUUUAUCUUCUUCUUCUACUGAUCUUCGUCCUCAUAGAGCACGAAUGUUACGGUCAGAAGCAACAUCAGGAGGAUCCUUGUCAGACAAAAUCAAGAGUGGUCGGCGAUAUUGAAUAUUGCGAUCGUUAUUGGGAAUGCGUUAACGGUAGACCAGAAUUAUUUGAUUGCCCUAAUGGUCUCGUAUUCGCUGGAAAACACAGGGGUGUAACAGAGGGUUGUGAUUAUCCAUGGAGAGCUAAUUACUGUGAUGGUAAACGCCAAGCUAAUCCACCAAUAUCAGCGGACCAUUGCGAUUGGCUUUAUGGUAUAUUCGGCCAUGAGACAUCUUGCACGAGAUAUUGGACUUGUUGGAAUGGCACUGCUACCGAACAAUUGUGCAUUGGUGGUCUACUUUAUAACGAAAGGGCACGGUCCUGCGAUUGGCCUGAGAAUGUCGAGGGUUGUCAAAAGCAUCCACUUUGUAAUGACGACGCUAACGGCAACGUACCAUUAGGAAAGUCUUGCAAUCGUUAUUGGCAAUGCCAAGGUGGUUAUCCACGUUUACAAAGAUGCCCAGCCAUGUUGGUGUUCGAUAGACGAUCAUUGAGAUGCGUCGUACCACCUACCGAGGAUUGUGACGUACCAACGACGCAACCCAGUUUGGAUGGGGAUUUGCAAGAUGGUAGAAUCGAGCAAGAACCCGAAGAAGAAAAUUUACCGCCUGGCGUACCGCCACUUCCGGCCGGUGCCCUACCAAUUCCCCUUCGAGCACGUCCUAGAAAUUAAUUUUAAAUCAUUCCUUUGUAUGGUUUGAAAGAAAAAACGAAAAAGAAUAUGAUAAAAAAAAGGAAAGAAAAAGAAAGAACACACACACAAAUACAGAAAGACGGACACACGAACGACGAAACAAAGGAACGAUGAAAGUUACACGCUUUUGAGUAUGAGCAUCCAAAUUAUGAUGUUUUCUUUUUUUCUCUUUUUUUUCGUUUUUUCUUUUUCUUUUUCUUUUUCUUUUACUUUUUUUUUUUUUUUUUUUCGUACACUUAUUAUUUUCUCUUCCAUUAAGUCGUAAAGCAUCGAAACAUUAGGGGUUGAAAUCAUUAUAGAAUUAUUGAAAAAUAGUGAUUACUUUGGAGAGAAAUUGUAUCUUUCCCGUACAUCACCAACCCAUUACCUACCACCUACCCCCACCCCCUAUGGGCCACCUUUACCAUGGUUUUUGUUUUUAUUUUAUUUUAACUUUUUCCUUUAAUGUCCACGUUCCGCAAGUAAACGAAACUUAUGCCUACGGUAAUAGCGUAAGCAUGAUUGAACGUUAGAUCGUUAAGUUUCUUCCUUUCUAUCUUUCCUUGUUUUUCGUAUUAUUUUUUUUUCUUCUUGUUUUUUUUGUCUUCCUUGUUUUUCUUUUUCUUUUUUUUGUUUUUUUUUGUUUUUUUUUUUGUUUUUUUUACAAACACAAAACCCUCCCCUCAUCAUUCGCUCCCACGUUCAUCCCUUGGUGAAGAUGUGUAAAUAUUUUAUCCUUUUAGCCAUUUCUUUACUAUUAUUAUCUGCCCUUCGCCUCCUCCUCUUUCCUACUCUCCCUCCCACCUCCCCCCUUCCACCCAUAUACCACCAUUUUCUUAAUCGUAUUAAAAAUGUUCAAACGCAAUUACACCUGCUCGAUGUAGAAAUACAUGAAAUAAACUGUAUAUUGUAUAUUUUUUUUAGACGCC